AUGAAUAUUAAAAUAGAAGAUAUAAAGGAAAUACCAAUUAAAACAGAGAAUGAUGGUGAAUCGAGAUUAAAUAAAAGACAGAAAACAACCUCUUCUCAACCGCAGAAUUUAGUCUUUAAAAGAUUUAUCACUGAUAAUUUAAUUGGGGAUAGAAUUGACAAACUGGUUGAUACUAAAAUUGAUAAUUCUGCAAAGGCUAAUAAGUUAACCAAUAAUUCAAAAUUAACUUUGAGAUAUAAUAAAGAUAUUGAUGUCCAAUCCUUGAGAAUGAUAACGUCUUCCAGGAAAAAUGCUAAUAAGUUUACGAGAGUAUUUGCAAGUAAACCUGACAACAACCUUAUCCGCUAUUGUCAAGUUUGUAGCGGUACAGAAGUAUGUAAUAAAGAAAUCGUAUUCCCCUCAAAAGAUCUUUUAAGUAGAAGAGGGGCUGAACGUUGCGAAGAUCAUGUUAAGGAUGAACAUCCUACAGUAUUCGUUUUAGAAGAUAUUAUGGAUUGUUUAAAUCCAGAUCACCCUCCAGUUAAAAGGCUUUUCUCUAAAGGCCGGAUCACUCCCAACAUUGUAAAUAUGAUUAAAAAUGUUAAAGAAACUACUCAGAAAGAAAGAAUACCAGUUGAAGAUUUUGCUAUGGCUUAUGCCCACCUGGGAGUUGCCUUCUCAAUCUGGGAUAGUAAGGUUUUUAGUAAGAUAUCUAGGAAAGAUAAACAACGCUUGUCACUUAAAGAUCACAGAAGAAAGGCUUCGGAUUUUGUCAAGACGAUUUCAAAAAGAGUUGUAGAUUAUUUUCAAUCGCAACUGAGUGAGGAUCAGAACUUUAAAUCUACCACAAUAGUCAAUUAUCCUCUACUUGGUGAAAGUUUAGAAGAAAUCAUCGUAAAAAGAAUUUCAGAUUUGAAAAACUCGAAACCUCCAUAUGUUAGCAUGGAGACAGAUGUUUGGAAGUCCAAUACAAAACUCCCAUAUAAUGUCGUAAUUUUCAAUUUUACUACUGGACAUUACAAGAAAGGGAGUUUUUUGGCAAAGUAUGAUAAGAUUGAAUCAAAGACAAAAGAAAAUGACAAAGACAUAUUACUUUCUACAUGUAAAGAAUAUGACACGAAUACAUUAUGGAGUAAUACUUGCACAGAUAAUGAUUCUUCGAUAUUGCAUUGCACCACUGCUCUAAUUAGGAGCCCUGAGUAUCCAAAUUAUGCGGGACAUAUUGUGUGCUUAUCCCAUAUAAUAAAUCUUGUUUCCGAGCAAUUCAUAAAGUGUAUAUCAUCAGAGAAAGAAGUUAAUAAAGAAUAUGAUUCUACCUUAGAUGAUAAUUUUAGUGAAGGAUAUGAUUCUAUUAUAGAAUUCAGUUCCAGUGAAGAAGAUAAUUUCAGUGAAGAAGAUGAUCCUAGUGGGGAUAAUGACUUCAGAGUUGACGAUUCUGGCGGUAGUGAUUUGAAAAAUUGUUCCAAAACAGACAUACCUGAGUUAGCAUCUAGCAAGUUUGAAAGUAAGCCGCCACUUGUUAUUGAGAGGCUAAAUAAUUUAUAUGAUGAAUUAAGGAAAUCUGAGGAAAAAGUGGCAAUAUAUGAAAAAUAUGUAAAAACCCAAAUCCCAUCUUUUAUUCCUAUAAGAUGGAAUAUAAAUUACGAAAUGCUGAAAACAUUCGUUAAUCAUUAUGAAGAUAUCUCUACAUUUUUUGAAUUUUGCAGAGGUCAAGGAAAGCCAAUUCAAAAUGAGUUGAACAGGGAAGAUUUUGAAAUGGCAGAAUUGUUACUCGAUAUACUAUCGUCUUUUAAUUGUUUAACCAAGUUUACGUCAUCGAACAAAAAUAUGUCACCUGUUUAUAUUCGGAUACUAACUUUUCUAAGGAAAACUAUGAAAGAAUGCAAUGAUAAACUAAGGGAAAUGGGGGACACAAUUUCUGAUUUCUCACCAGCGAUCUAUUUGGUAGACAAAUAUCUAAAACAAGCAAAAGAUAACUUUCCUCUAAUAUAUGCUAGUUCAGCAUUUUGUCCAUUUGAAGAUGACGUCUUCGAUUAUUAUGGCAGCCAUUUCAAUGAAGAGUUAAACCCAAUUAAUGAAUUCGCUGAAAUUGCAAUUCAAUUAGGCAAAGUUGAUUUUGAGAAAUCUGUGCCUCCAGGCAAAAUGUCUAAAUAUGAGUUUUUGUGGAAUAAUGAAGCAUAUUUAGAUUCAGAGGAGAAGAUAUCUAAGUGGUGUCGAGAAUACAUACAACGAAAAAUAUAUGAUGAAUUGGUUGAAUAUUCAAAAUUCGUUGGCAAUAAGUAUUUUGAAGUUUUAGAAAAAGUGUGUAGAAGGAGGAAAGUUGAAGUUGAAAAGAUUGAAGGUUGUUAUCAUUACAAAAAGAUCAUUGGAAAUAAAGGAGCCAUGAAGUCUAGAAAGUUAUCUAAAUGUGAAAUUUACAUAAUUGAGUUAAUUACUUACUUAGGAUUGCAAGAGGCCUAUCGAAUUGAAACAAGCAGUGUCGGAAAUAAACUAAGGAAUCACAUAUAUAUACCUGUGGCAAUGGAUUAUCUAAUGUCCUUUUCUGUGACGUCAGUUAAUACCGAAAAAUCUUUUUCCAAAUUCAAGAUGGCAUAUAGCGACAAAAGACAUAAACUAAAAGAUGACACAAUGUUCUCCUUGGCAAAUUUAAACAUGAUAGGAAAUUCAAAGCUAAAUUUGGAUAUACAAGAAGACUUUGAAACCACACCGUUGGAUGAAGUUUUAAUGACUUUAAAAAGCUUAAGUAAAUAG